AACCCGUUUGGACAUGCCUCCACCACAUGUCUUCCUGUGAAAGGGAGGAUCUCAGCCUUUUGUCUGUUUCGGCAUUCAGUUUAGCCUCUGAUCAUGUUCGCGUCCACAUUUUUCUGCAGAUUCAGUGUCGGCCUUGCACAAAGGAUAAGACUCAGAGUCCAUACGUCCAGUCCAGUCUGGUCCACCUGUGUCAUUUCCAGUUACAGCAGUCAAGCUACAUCCAAAGAGGGGUCUGUCCGUUACAGAUUUGGACGCCCGGUUCUGACUCUGCAGCUCCCUGCAGGUCAGAAAUGCCACUUCACUCUGACGCCGAUGUUGACCACAGUGGGCGACCUGCUGCGGGACGUGAAAGCCAAAGAUGCUACGGUGGGAAGCGCUACGCUGUUCAACAAAGAUGGACAAAGAAUCUCCUCCUGCACCUUGAUGGAAACCGUCCUGAAUAGUGAUUUCCAGAUUAUUAUCAAUGACAUCACGUACAACGUCCGCUCACCUGGACAAGGCUCGUCCAAUGAGCACGUGUUGGGUCUGGACGACAUGAAGUACACGGUCCACCUUCUUCACGCUGCGCUGAGUCUUCCUCAGCAGUUGCACAGCAGGCAUUCAGAGCUGCUGGUGAAAAAGGAGGAGCUCACCCGGCAGCUGAAGCCGCUGGAGAACGUGAAAAUCCAGAUGGUAAAGGAAGCCGAGCGCCGAGCAACCCUGCUGGGGUGGACGGGGCUGGCCUACCUGUCCCUGCAGGGAGGAUUCCUGGGAUACCUCACCUGGUAUGUGUUCGCCUGGGACGUCAUGGAGCCGGUCACCUUCUUCAUCUCCUGCACCACAAGCAUGAUCUUCUUCGCCUACUACAUCCUCACCAAACAGGAUUUCAUCCCUCCAGAUGUUCGUGAUCGUCACUUCCUGCAUCACUUCCACAAGAGGGCGUCGCUGCAGAGAUUCGAUGUUGCCAAAUACAACGAGCUGAGGGACGAGCUGGCGAAGGUGGAGGACGACCUCCAGAGACUGAGGAGCGCCAUUCACCUGCAGCUGCCGGUCGAUCACAUUCAACCUCAGAGGACUGCCUGAAAUUUCACCCUAAUGACAUUAAAUGACAUUUUUGCACUUUUUAGGCCUUUGUUUGUUUUUCAUUAAAAAUAUUUUGUUUUUUUCCCCCUUGCAUCAGAUAGAAUAAAUUGGUCACAAAUACUCAACUUGCCAAAGAUUUUCUGUGUUUUUCCAAUAAAGUUUGUUCAGAAACAGACA